AUGACGUUGCAAACGUCCAAUAGAUCCCAGCUUCGUUCCCCUGCCAGUGGUGAGCCGCUCCCGAAGCAGCUUCCCCGGCAGCUAACACGGAGCAAGACCCUUAGAGUCAAGGAGGUAGGCGACGGAGAAGAAGGUUUGGACAGCUAUGAUCUGGCGCGGCACCAGGGCUCGAAGGUGGAUAUGUUCAAGAAAAUGAAAUCCGAGGAGGCGAGCUUGGCCAAGUCCGAGGAGCCGACCACACAGUGCGGCAUGGUGCGGAGCUGGUGUUCAAGGAUUGUCAAGUCAACAGUAUGCGAAAUCUUCUUCGCCUUGAUGAUCGUCACCAACUCCGCUUACCUUGGCGUGCAGCUUGAAUGGAGCUCGCAGAACAGAGACAGGACGGCUGAACAGCAAAAUGUUUUUCUCGUUAUAAACGUGGUCUAUGCCGUCAUUUUCCUCAUUGAGGUUUGCCUGCGCCUAUUGGCUAGCGGGCCCAGAAUCUACUUCCUGGCUCCUGGCUGGUCCUGGAAUUGGCUGGAUGUUUUCGUGGUGACGUCAACCUGGGUUGAGCUUGCCGUUGGCUUCGUCUCGGUUGAUGGUAACGAUGGUGGCUUGUCAAACAGCAACCUUCGGUUGCUGCGUGUGAUCAAGGUCACCAGACUGGCCCGUGUUCUUCGAGUUCUGCGCGUUGUGCAGUUUGUGCGACCAUUGAGGACACUCAUGCAUUGCCUGGUCGACACUACCAAAUCCUUCGUCUGGUCACUGAUGCUUUUGGUUCUCAUGAUGUACGUCUUCGGCCUGCUCUUCACAGACGCCGCCAUUGACCACAUGCGCAUAAUCGGAACUACGGAUCCAGAUAUGGACAGGCUAUUUGGAACUGUGCUGGAGUGGUUUCGCAGGUUCCCAGAUUCCUGGGAGCGGGGCUUCGAUCGCUUCCGGUCGCACAAGAAAGCUGCGGAGUGGGCUGCGAAACAGGGGGUUGAGGCUCCGCCGACUGAGAAAGAAUGGAUGGCGGCCCGGCUGAAGCAUCGAGGAGUCGAUCUGCACCCGAGCGAGUGGCUGGGGGCUUGGUUUUUCUGGCCGGGACUGAACAUCGCCUGGCUGUUCUGGAUGGAGCCCGCCCUCGUGAACGAGCAUGGCGAGUACGAGGUGGGUCUGACUCGGGACAACGAGAUGCAGUGCUACAUGAGUGUGGAUCCCAAGACAACGGUGCAGGAGUUGCUCAAGCAAGGCCUGGCUCGGACGUGCGAUGGCAGCGUUUACAGAGCCAUUGCACUCACGAUUCACAUGGAGACCCGUGCCGAGCAUGAGACGGAUGGCUUGGUGCCAGACGAUGGCGAGGAGAAGAACGAUGGCGGCAAGAAAGACGAUGACGAGGAUGCCAGCGAGAAAGACGACGACAAGACAAAGGCCAAACGAGCACGGGGAGCUGAGUGCCGUCCCGGCACUGGGAAGUUCAUGAACGAGGAGUUGCUUCGUGAGAUAUGCUUCCAGCUCGGCUCCCGGUCUGCUGCAAAGACCAUCUUGAAGGUGUUCGGUGUGGCAACGCCGGACUCUCCUGCGAUCGACUUCCGACUACCCCUGGUCCCGUGGCCAUUCCUGUCAGAGGUCGGCUUGCAGCACCUGGCAGCGGAGAAGACUCGCUCGUUCUUCAUCAGCAUUGACGAGACCUGCUUUCAUGCCACAUGGUCCCUUGUGGCCGGCUUAGUUCCAGGACAGCAGGAGGUUGUGAUCGGUGGAUACCACAAUGACGACGAGAGCUUCGCAUGGCUCCCGGAUGCAGGCUCUUUGCCACGCAGCACGUUGGCUCGAAUGAGCCUUCACUAUGUCUUGUCCCGAUCGGACACUUUCCAGCAGACGUUCGACAUGAACCGCAUCCCCAUGCAGCCCCAGGCCUCGGACAAGCCCAAAAAACAGCUGGAAAUCCUCGGCAUGCUGUUCUCCGCCUUCACAGAUGCGAAUGAUGGACGGCCACCUCUAGGUGCAUCCUACGAUGGCGGAGGUUGCAACCUCCUUACUUCCCACCAGACUUUCCUGGCGAUGCGGCCAGCCAGCGAGCUGACCGAGGUCGCCUUCUCCUCCGAUUGCAAAGUCCUUCGCGAGGCCGGCGUUCGAUUUUUUCCGUACGGAAUUCUCACGUUUGCAAGUUUGUUCAUGGGCAGCCUCCUCACUCUCGUGACCUUGGGGGGCGACAGACUGUCGCCUGAAUCCCGCAUGUAUCAUGGGCUGCUGGGGUACUACUUGCUGCUGCUCAACCUGCGCAGUGCCAAACUGCUGCAUGGAAAGGCAUGGCAGACCAUUCUCUUCCCCUCGCCACGGUGCACGGGGCACCCGGAGCUUGCGGCGGAGGACAGCCUCCGCGAAGCCAAACAACUCCUGCAGAACCUGGCGGUGGACCUGGACAUCAGCGAGGAGCAAGAGCACAAGCAGUGGCUUCGACAGAAAGCGGAGGAGGCAUCGGAGCACUUCCGGGGGAUCUUCAACAAAGUACCAGCCCACGUGGUCCAGGAGGGGAUGCAACACAUUAGGCGGGAAACUCCAAUGGUCGCGGGCCGGGCGCCAGGGGAUCGAACUCCUGGCGGUACUCCGCCGAGUGGUGUGAAUGGCAAAGGACAGUACCACGGGGGAUCCAGGCACCCCACACCCCGUGAUCAACCAUGGGAAGCACGCCUCUGGACAUCCCUGCUGGAGGCCCUUGAGGAAGCCGUAUCCCAGACGGCACACAUGUUGGGGGAUGCUCGGGGCCCCCCUCCACCGCAGCAAGGGGGAGCGUACAUGGAUGACACAUAUCUAUGGUCGCACGAUGCCAAGCACCUUCAGGCCACGCUCAAUGCACUCGAAAAACAGCUUGCAAAGCAUGGGCUGGUUAUCAACCCGAAGAAGACCGCAAUCAUCUAUAGCAACAACGACUCUGGCGGGGGACGCUUCAUGGUCGGGGGGAAACAGGUGCCUUGCCUUCCCUUUGGCAGCAUCGUCCUCGGUUCUCCGCUUACAUUCGGAGAAGCAGUCCCCGCGCUAGUGGCGGAAAUGCAAAGACGGGGAAGGACAGCAUUCCGACAACACAAAGACAUCCUGGGGGCCAGAACGAACAUCAGGGGGAGACUAAAGGCAUACAACGCACUGGUGCGGAACUCAGCACUCUGGGGAUGUGAAGCCUGGCCGGUGCAUGACACGUUGCUCAAGCAAGCCAACCUCCUCCAGAUGGACCACCUUCGGCAAAUGCUGCACAUCAACAGAAGACCGGGGGAGUGUUGGGCAGACUGGCACAAGCGGAGCCUGCGACAAGCUCGUGUCCAACUUCACAAACAGCAACACACCCGCUGGAGCAGCUACACCCUGGAACGCAAGCAGACAGCUGCCAUGAACAAGGCGGCAAAGACAGUGGACUCAGAAGCUGCUCCUCCCACAGGGGAGGACAAGCCUGGCGACCAAGUCCCCGACGCCACCAGAAAAGGGGGGAGCGCAGGAACUCUUCAAGAGGGCACCGCUACGGGAGGGGAGCCCUCUCCUUCCCGUGCAGUGGCCGAAGCGAACUCCACCAACGCAGCGGGGGAGGAUGCAGCAAUCAGUGCCAGUGCGGGGGAAGACUCCUCGACAUCCUCCAGUCCUCCCGAAGACAACCCCAUCAGGGGGACGAGCAGUCAAAAGCAGAUUGUGAGAAGGAUGGUCAGGGGGAUCUAUGAACGCCCCUGGCACGCUGAUGACCUCCUCUGGAACCUCUCGCAGAACCGCCUCACCUCCAUGGCUACGGCGAGAGUGGGGGAUAAACUCAGAGCCUUGGGGGGACAGAAAAGAGAAGACAUCGCCGACGCGCUGUUCAACAAUGCGUAUAGCGCAUUGAUGACAGUCGGCACGCUCAGCGGGGGAACGCACCUCCAGAUGGCCUAUGACCAGCUGCGUGAAGAUCCGCUCCUGGCCUUCGAAAUGUGGGCAGCGUGCAAGGUGCGCUGGCAAGAAAAGCUGGGGAUACCCGCAGCUACGGUUGCCAAAAUUCUGGCCUCGAAGCCCGCCAUCUCCCUUCCGGGGGGAACAGAUGAGGGGACAGAGCAGAAGGCGACUGAAGUGCAGGCGGAGACCCAGAUUGCCGUCAAGGAGGAGAUCGACUGGGACGCAAGCCCGGAGGGGACAAGGCAGCCAGUCACUCCAGAACUUCUCGUCGACCUGGACGAUGGUCUGGGGGACCAGCAACCCUCCGCAGACGACAUCGUGGAGGGGGUCAAGCACACGUGGCUCAGCGCAGCUACCUUCGCAACGAUCUUCCACAACAUGACCGUGGCGGAUAUCAGGAAAGAAUGGGGGAUGCCCGCUUCCCCCAGUACUUCGGAAGCCUCGAGCCAUGAGAAAAAGGAGCAAGGGGAGUCGUCGGGAAGCGCCCCUGGAGCAAGCGCGGGGGGCGAGCCACCACUAGACCAGGACGAGCUUGUGAAACAGGUGAUGGACGAGCUCAAGCAAAGCGGGGGGGCUCCGGUGCAACCAAGCGGGGGAGUUCAAGCAGACCGAGAGGAGGAGCUCAUCGACAUCGAGAUCGACAGUGGUGCUGCGACCAUCAGACCCGCAUCACACCUGGCAAAGAAGGCGGGGGAACAGCUAGGAGACCUUGGUGGCGAGGAUGAAGAGA